AUGAUGCCAUCAAUUAACCAAUGCGAAUACGUGACCAGCGAUUUUAUUGAUGUCGUCAACAACAACAACAUCAAAAAAAACAACAUAAACUACAGCAGCAACAACAUCAACAACAACAACAUCUUCUUCAACAACAACAACAGCAACAACAACAAUUCGGCAAGAUCAACUCCAAGCCACAACUACCAUAACUCCAGUAUUUUCAACCUAAAGGCUAAAAAAAUGAUCAAGAAUAACAAAAAUAAUAAUAAAAACAAUAAUAACAACAAUAACAAUAAAAACAUGAGGCCACGGGACACUCCAAAUUACAUACCCAUGGUUUAUAACAACAGCAAAAACAUCAACAACAACAACAACAACAACAAUAACAACAAUAUUUACAAUGAUAAUAACAAUAAUAAUAAUUAUGAUGAUAAUAAUAAUAUUAAUAAUUUUUAUUAUGACAGUGUUAUUAAUAAUAAUAUUAAUAGAGACGAUAUUUAUGACAGUGUAAGUAGCCUGAGAUCAAACCUGAGGGUAAGAUCUCAAUACGGUCCGGAUCCAUUGUACAUGAACAUCAGCAACUUGGCUUAUGGCAUCAAUAAUAAUAAUUAUGAUAAUAAUAAAUGA